UUAGUACUAUUUAAGUAGGGCAGAAAGUAACGCAUUUGUACAAAACGCUUAAAUUCCUAUGAAUUUAUGCAUUUAUAAAUUGUUCGAAAUUCAAUUUAAACAAUUACUGAAAGGCAUUGAACGACUAUUGUCAUGUCAACGGAGUCAGCUGUUUGUUGUGAUAUAUAAUAGAUAUAUAUAUGUGUGUGGGGAUUGUGUGAUCAUAGCGAUGUUUUCAUUACGCUGUUGAAAUUGAAACGAGUUUUGGCCAAGUGAAAUCUCAAUUUGUAAACUGUUGUGAACGAUGACAGGGAGGACGAAAUACACGGCCGUGCGGAUCGAGACGGAAAUCGAGAAGAAUCGUGAGGAGGCUAAUUGGGCUAAAGUUAUUGAUCUAGCUACCUCCUUGAAAGACAAAUCUCCAGAUUGUGAGUUCUUGGCAGAUUUUCUGGUUGGCGAAGGCCGACUAGAAAGUUAUUUGGAGGAAUGGCCCCCCAUAGAGUCAAACAUACACAAGGCCAAGUUGGGUCUGAUGGAUGCCCGCAAAUACUUGAAUGCUGCAGCCAACGAUAUGGGCAAGAAAGCAGGUGUUGCUUUGGAUGCUUACUUGUUGCUGGGAAAACUGUAUUAUGCAUGCGGCAAUUACAAUGAAGGCCUCAAGAGUUUUAAGCUGGCUGAGUUGCACACCUUAUCCGAGAAGAAACUCCCACUCCGAAGCUUGAAGAUUGUUGCUGAAUCUUAUGCCAUCAAGGGGUUGUGUUUGCAGAAGGAUUCUUCUGGUGUUACCAGCAAAUACAAGAAGGCAGAAAAGGAGGAAGAGAUGUAUAAGUGUUUUGAACUGGCCUCUGAUUUGACACUGUUGUACAUGCAGGAACUGGACAAGCAGCAAAGUGCAACAUUCACAAACACAGGUACUCAUUCUCCCCAACCACCAGCUGUCAACAAGAAUUUAAGUCCGGUACUGGAGCAGGCGUUGCAGCAGGCGCCUGUGAUGCUCAUCCAGCAGAACAAGUUUGUGGAGACUCUGGAUAGAUAUAGAGCGUCGCUCAGCGCAGUGGAAUGCCAGACGACGAACGUGGUGCGUUUGAAGUUGAUGUGCCAGUUCGCCGAAUUCCUGCUGCAGGGCUCCGUGGCCGAGAACUACAAAUCGCCUUUGAACUCUCCGCCCCAUCCGAACUCCUUCUGGAAACCGAAACACUAUAAUGGAAUCAAUCAGUUCAUUCCGAAGGUGGACUGCGAGGAGACCAUAUUGGUCCUGUUGGUGGCUGAAGCCAUGGCAGUGCGGAACGCCGUCUUGUCGCAAUCUCCGGAAUUCAAGGAAGCUCGUUUGAGCGCCUACCAAGAUGCAGCUUCCGUUUACGACUUGCUCACUUUGGCUACUGUUCGAUGGGGUCAAGUCUCAUUACUGCAAGAGUCACUGGAACGAGCAAUGAAGUUUUCGUUCGAAGAACCGCAUCUGUGGCGACAGCACGCCCUGAGUUUGAUAUCGAUGGGUCGUUAUGAGCACGCCUUGGUAGUUCUGAAAGAGGUGAUCAAAUUGGAACAAAACUCCUCCGUGAAUUGCCUUCUCGCCGCCAAAAUUUGUUACGAGCAUUUGAACCGUCCGUUCGACGGCACCGAAUUCAGCUUGCAAGCGAAAACCAAAGAAUUAGCAUACUCCAGUGGACUUCUCGGCAGGUGUCAUCUUUACGUUGGAAUUGGAUACCAUCUGCAAGCUAGAGCUGCUAUGCUCAAGCAACCAAAGGAGGAAUAUAACGAAAAAGCUCUCACGAAUUUUCAAACGUCUGUUGAAUUGGAACCCAAUGAUCAUCUAUGCAAAUACUAUCUGGGACUGCAGCUGGCUCUUACAGGUCACAUUCCUGAAGCUUUGGCAACAGUCAGCGAGGCUUUGGCUUUGCAACCGGAAAACUCAUCCACUUUGCAUUUGUUGACGUUGCUGUUAUCUGCAAACCGGAAGCACGAAGAAGCUUUAGAAGUGGUGGAAGCUGCGAUUGAGGAGUACCCGGAUAGUUUGAACCUGAUGUAUGUUAGGGCGCAUUUAGAGUUGCACGAAGAAGGCGGAGAGCGAGCCUUGGUGACUGCUAAACAGAUGCUCGAACUGUGGAAGAAUCUCUACGAAGGUCAGACUUCUUCCGAUAUUCCCGAAUGCGACCGCAAAUCCGAUACACGAUCCGUCUUCCAAUUGUACACAUCGGAAAUGUCCGACAAAGAUUCCAGUUCACUGCAAGCACACAGCAUAGCAGCUUCAAGGGUCGAACAAGCGUUAAGCGAGGUUGCAAGUUCUGUGAGCAGCUUCAGCCCCCGUCCAGGUCCCCAAAGAUCAUACAUGCUGCUCCUCGAGGUGUGGCUUUUACUAGCCGAAUUGUACUUAGCCGUCGAUCAACCAGCCGAUGUACUUAAGUGCAUACAAGAGGCGUCCCAGAUAUUCCCGCUCUCCCAUCACAUUCUGCACAUGAGAGGCCUUUUGCACAUGCACAAACAAGAGUGGACGGACGCGAAGUUAUUCUUCCAGAACGCGGUCGCAAUUAAUCCGCAGCACGUGAAGUCGCUGCAGCAGUUGGGUCUGGUUUACCAUUAUUUAGGGCUUCAGGGAUUAGCGGAGACGACGUUACGCGAGGCGGCGAAAAUCGAUCCCAGCAAUCACAUUACAUGGUACAAUUUGGGUAAGGUCCUCGAAUCGCUCGGCGAGUUCGAAACGGCCAGCUCUUCCAUGGCCACGGCACUCACCGUCGAAACGACCAGUCCCAUUCUUCCCUUCAGUUCGGUACCGCUCUGCUUCGAUUAAGAUUAUUAAGCAUCAAGGCCGUCUCGUAUUUAACAACUUCAAUGAUACUACGGAACGAACAGUUCGCAUUUGCCAGAGAAGGAAAACAAAACAGUGAUUCUAAGUAUUUCAACCUAGCCUUCAGAUUACCAAAUGUUCUCAUGCAGUUAGAUGCGUAUAAGUCUUUGUUAUUGGUUUGGUUUUUGUUUAUUUUUUUCUCUCUUUUUGUUGAAGACUCAUUUAAGUUGAUAAUUAUUACCAGGUGAUCAGUAUUUUGAAAAUUU